AGUUUUGUCUUCCUGGACUGAAACAGCAUUGAGCAUGGUUUCUGUUGAACAUGUUAACAGACUUUAAGUGAACGCUUUCUGCACCAUUCAGUAUUUAUCCCAGUGGAUUGAUCACCUCUGUGUCCGGUAGGUUUAAUAUAGUUUUGUGCAGCAGAUUACUUUGCUUUUGGUGGUUAUAUCGUUUUCAAUGUAGCCUCCAACAAGCUCAGUGUUAGCUAGAUUAGCUAAACAUACAGCAGUCUGUAAAACAGGCAUGAUGAAGCGGUGAUUUUGAGUUUCUGCUUGGACUGCUUUAAAACUUUAUACUAACUAUCAAAUCUGCUUGUAAUUUUUUACAAAAUUUGCCGAUGCUGUAAUUUCAAUGUCAGAUGGUUUUCUUGUAAAAUUGCAUCUUGAAUGAGGUCCAAAUGAUAAGAAACACAGCUGAUCUAUUACUGCGUCUAAUUCCUACUGUUUAAGUACAGUUCUUAUUAUUAUUAGGCCAGAAUUUCCCUCAUUUUUGUGGACCUGUAUUUUUUAAAGAGUUUUCCCACGUAGUAAAAUAAUAAAGGUUUAAUUCAGAUUAAAUAAAGUUAGAAAACGCUCAACAAACAGUAAUAACUAUUAUUGUCAUUACUAUUAUUCUUAUUAUUACUGUUAUUACUCUCCAACUUUUGACCCACUUUUUAUUAUGUCUGCAUGUACAGGUGCUUUGUAAAUGUCAUGAAGCUAUAACAAUAGUUUCAUUUUCCCUGGAGAUGAAAUGGACUGAGGUAGAUAUGGACUUAGCUGAUAUCAGGCAAAGGUUUUGUUCUCAGCCUUCUCUCCAGCUAUAUCAACAGUAACCUGUGACAGAAAGCUUAUUUAACAUGUAAACUGUAUUGCAUUUCCCCUGGUGACCUGCUUGUUUAGUUAAAAAUGCAAAACUUAAGAAUAAAGUUUGUUUUUUUUAAAUAAUAAAGUAAAUCUAACCUUCAUUUAUCCCACAUCUGAGAAAUGUCCAGUAUUGAGAAGCAGCAAAGAGCAAAAACUAGAAUCAAAAAGUUCAACAUCCAUCCUUCAUCUUUAACAGUCAUCCUUAUCAUCCUGAAUUUUCUUUGGAAAGCAUCUUGGGAUAACGACUGUUGUGAAUUGGUGCUAUGUAAAUAAAAUUUGAUAUGAUUAGAAAGUGAUACGUGUCUUUGCUCCUCCUGCAGAUUAAAACAUGCUGUCACUGAAGGACAAAGACAAACCAAUCAUCCAGAAGCUUUUGUCUGCCGGCUGCUGCUCUCGCUGUGUGCUCAGGUUCUGCUGUGUGAGCGUCCAGGCUGCCUACAGACGACCCCACCAGGUGUGUGUUUGAUUGUAAAAAGCUGUUUUGCCCUAAUAAUAUCACUUUCUGAUUUGUUGUGUUAUUUUCUGUGCGUCACAGCACACACUUCAGGCACUUAAAGCUUUUAUCAGCGACACAGACAACAGCAAACCAAAGGAAACAGUGGCAUCAGGGUGCGAACAAGAAAACAACAAAUCCCAUGAUGUAGCAGGGCCAGAACUACCUGAAGACCCACCUGUGAAAAGAGCCAAACUAGAGCCUGGUGCAGCUGUUGGUCCAUCAGAGGAAGAGGCUGCUGCUGGAGGUGGAAUGAAGGAUGAGGAGUCCAGAGUGUGUGUGGUGUGUUUGGGGAUCCUGCAGGACCUCUGUGGCACAGCGCAGGCUGCGAAGGUUUGUGUUUGCUGUGAAAUAUUCACUGGAGUGUAUCAGAUGAAGAGAAGAAUGAUGUUUUUCUGUUUUGGUGUUCACAGAUAGCCGAGGCGGUGAAAACAGAAAAAUAUGAGUUUGACACUCUGGUUCUGUCCGUUUCUCUGCCUGCUCAGCUGUGUGUCAGAGAGGUCAGUCUCAGUCUGUUUGUACUUCUUCUUUAAAUCACCACUAAUCAUUUAAUUAUUAUUUUAUUACCUUUUAAAUUAAUUGAUCAAAUAUUUGGUUUGUGAAAUAUGAGAAAUUUGUCAAAAAAAUGAUGAAACAUGCCCUGAUGCACAUAAUGAGUUAAAAUGUGAGUUAGAAAUACUUUCAUGUUGUUAAUAUCGUGCCAUAUUGUAUCCUAUCAUAUUGUAUCCAAUCAUAUUAUCAUUGUCAUAUCAUAUUCCUUCUUAUCGUAUCAUAUCAAAUUGUAUCCUAUAUGAUAUGAUAUCAUAUCAUUUUAUUUUGGUUCAAUAUUAUGUAUCUCAUUGUUUUCUAUCAUGUCUCAUUGUUUCUGAUCCCAUCAUAUUGUGUUUUAACAUAUUGUAUCGUAUUAUAUUAUUAAAUGUGAUAUCUAAACAUUCUGCCCGAUGUACUGACAUUGUAUCCUUUAGUGAUUUAACAUGUUGUAUCCCUCAGUUGUAUUUGAGGGUAGCGUAUGGUUUCUGUACUGGAUCAUACUGUAUUGGGUUGUUUCCAUUAGUAUCCUUUUGUGUGUUUUUUUAUUGUGUCUUACCAUCUUGUAUCGUCCUGUUUUGUAUCAUAUUGUACAGUAUUGAGUUGUAGUUAAUCUUGUUCUGUGUUGUCAUCCUGGCUGUAAUAUAUCAUGUCUUACUGUAGUAUACAAUGUUGUUUCAUAGGCUCUGAUUCUCCUCUUUCAUAGUAACAUGUACCUUUUUAUCCCACAGCACUCCUGUUGGCUUCACGUGAAGGGAGAACUGAGGCAGGUGACUUUUUCUGUGCGUUCAGCCUUUAAACAUCUGAGUGUGUUCAGUCAUGCUCAAAACACAUUUACUUUUUUGAUUGUUCAGAGAGAAGAGCAUCGCCGUUGACAAGGAUGACGUCAUCCAGGUGAAGGAGGCCUUCAAAUGGAUCAUGCAGGGGCUGGUUUCAAAGGAGCUGGGGGGCGUUGGUGUGGUAACCAGGGUGAGUAAUACACCUGAAGAAGGAGAGAGCAUCACUUUUGUGGUGGGGAUGUCAAGUCAUUCUGUAAUUCUGUUUUUUUAGAGUCCGUUUGAGGUCGGUGUCGAGUUCACUCACCCUGAAACAGAUGCUGACUGCCACUUUCUGUAAGUCCCCAUCCUGAAAAAGAUCUUUUAAAAGAUUUUAUCUAAAUUUUAUGAAAGACAAAAAGGAACUUAAACAUAGGAGCAGAGUUUAGGUGUGUCAUAAUAAGUUCUUGUUAAGUUUUUUCCUUUUUUUAAUUUAGUUUUAUUUUCCUUGUGCUUAUCAGUUCAGUUUUCCGUUUUUUUUGUAGUAGUAGUCAAAACUCUUUUUAGUGACAAAGUGAUGUUAAAAGAAGAUCAUUUUCAUUUUAUUGUUUGAAGUACAUCAGAAAGAGGUGAGUUCGGCAAGAACUAGAUGAGCAUCAGUUCCCGUAUUCCUUUUAAUAUUAUCACCAAAGUAUCCUUUUGUGUGAUAAUGGGCAAGGAUGGACCCUCACAUCGAUAAAAUUAAGCAUAGAAUCUCAUCUUAUGAGGACUGUGUAAUUGUAAACAAUGUUUCACAUAAAAGAAAAUAUCUGUUAAAUGAAUGGUAAGCUAUACUUUAAAAUUAUCCUACAAAAUGUGUGAAUUUCGGCCUACUUGCACAGUAUUCACAUAGUGAUGGUUAUAUUUAUUUGCUUAUAUUAAUUUCCAUGCUGGUAAUUUUUGCACUUUCAACUUUGAACAUUUCAACUCAGUUUGGUAUUAACGAGGGUAAAAUGGCUCAGCUUUCAUCAAUGUCUGUGAUUGCUGACCGGCUUAUAAGAAGUAGUAUUGGUUGGCUUUCAUGUUGGGUGGUAUUGCAUUGUGGCGUUGGGUUGGAGAAGUAAGUGCAUCUAUAAUGAGAUCAAUCACAUAUAUGAUAUCUGCACGUUCCAAUCUGUAGUGUUUCAUUAAUUCACUGUCAUCCAGUGUUUGGAGAAUAUCUCUCCUGCCUCUUCUGUCCGCCAUUUUGUCCUCUGCUUAGGGAACUUCUAAGCCGCUUAAAAGUCCUUUUCCCUGCUCUUAACAGAUCUCACCUUACGAGCGCACCUAAGAGCUAGGAUUCUUUAGGAAUAGCUUUUAUCUUUACUAAGAUCUACUCUUCACUUUUAGGGGGAAUUCUAAGAAAACAUUAUGAUUCUAAGAAUUUGGCCACUUGAAGCAACUCUUUGCACUAAAAAUCUUUAGGAAUAAGGCCCCAGGAGUUUAACCUAUGAAGAUGAACUAACUUAAGUCUUUUCUGUCCCUCCAACAGAGCAUCAACAUGUCCUGACUGCUUCAAACCCACCAAGAACAAACAGGUGAGAAAACAGACCCAGAAAUCUAUUGAAGGUGUCUGGUUUUGGGACACCUUUAACAAAGAACUUUCUCCUUAUGUGAAACCAAAACACUGAGAGCUACCCAUCUCAUCUUCAACCACAUGAAUAAAACAAUUUGCAGCAUUAAGCAAGUUACAGAAGAGAGCAAACACUCCUUUAACAGACAGAAACUUUGAGCAGAACCAGACUCAUGUUAGACAAUCAUCUGCUGAGACUGAGAGGGGACAGAGGCAGAUGGACAGAAUUGACAGUUUAAAACCAAAUUUUCCCCAUCAUUGUCAUCAUCAUCAUCUUCUCCCUCUUCAUGAGUCGUUUUCAUCCUUUUAUUCUGCAUUUUUCUGCACGAAAUGUUAUUGAUGUACAUCGUCUCUUUGUCUGCAGUCUGUCUUCACCAGGAUGGCGGUGGUCAAAGCUCUGGAAAAGAUUUCUGAGCCCAAGUUUCUGCAGUAAGCCUUACCUUCGUUUCUCUGUUCCUACUCAUUUUCUUUAAGUUCACACUUAUGAACCCGUUAAUGUGUCGUUUCAGACGUUACCCAUGUCCUCCUGCACAGCCUACCAGCAGCUGCAUCCCACAGGACAUCCAGUGUCUCCACGUGUCUGUCUUUGUGGCAGGUAUUCAUAUCACAAUGAAGGAUUUGUUUCAUACCUGUUUUAUAUCCUGACGUUGUUCCUGUUGUUCAGGGAGGUACAACAAGUUCUGCCGCAGUCUGCCUCAGACGCCCUGGCUAAUUGAUGGGGAGAGGAGGAUGGAGUCCUCAGUGGAGGAGCUGAUCGCUGCACCCAUCCUGUCUGCUUUCAGAGCUGACGGUGAGUUGACAUUCUACUAGAAACAAACUGGAUGAUCAAACAUCUCAGCUCAGGAUGUGAUGAACUUCCUUUUUUUUUGGUUCCAGGGUUUAACUUUUCUUCCUCCGGCAGAGAAGACGUGGAUGUUCGCACUCUUGGAAAUGGUAAAAUGCGUAGUUCACUUUAUAAGUCAGAGCAAAAGAUUUAGUCAUUGAGAAAACAAAGAAGUUAGAGUUCAUUCUUCUGUCUGUUUUAAUUUGCAGGUCGUCCGUUUGCGAUGGAGCUGCUGAAUCCUCACAGAUCCAGACUCAGCAAAGUGGAAAUGAAGCAGCUGCAGGAGGUCGGCCACAUCAGUUCUCCUCUGAAAUAAUCACACACAGCUACACUUCAGUUAGUUUGCAUCAAUGAAUUAAAGAGAAACUUUUACGAGUGUGUACCUUCAUGUUCAGAUUUCUGCAAACGUAGCUGCUGUGUGCAGAUUUUGCCCUGGAAAUCUGACUGAUUUUUUUGUGUGUUUUCAGGCCAUAAACGCAUCUUCAGAGAAAAUCAGAGUGAGAGACCUGCAGAUAGUGACCAGGUGAGGAAAUGUGACACUCGCUGCAUCAUUUAAUCUCAGAGAAAUGAUGGCAAAGACUCUUGUCUCUGUUUGCGUUGAACUGUAGAGAUGCCAUGAGCCGAAUGAAGGAGGGAGAGGAGGAGAAAACUAAGUCAUACACCGCACUCAUCUGGACCCAGAAACCUAUCCAGAGAGAGGACAUCACCUUCAUUGACGACAUCAAGGUCACUAUGAGUAGAGAUGCCACAUUUUGAACAUGUCAACAAAUAUGCCGAGAUGACUUUAUCAGUUUAGCUUUGAUUUUUACAGAAAAUAAAUCAGAAUUAUUCAAUUUUAGCCUCUGAAAUGUAAAAAUCAUCUGCUGCCUUUUGUCCUGUGACUGUUAACUCACUUUCUUGUUAUAAACUCUGUCUGUCGUCUUCGUCUCAUCAGGAUCUGACUCUGGACCAGAAAACUCCUCUCAGGGUUUUACACCGGCGAGCACUGGCCGUACGUCAGAGAGUCAUCCACAGUAUGACCACAAGAUACCUAGACUCUCAUCACUUCCACCUGGGCUUGAAGACGCAGGCGGGAACGUAUCCUCUGUAUGUUGUCAGUGGUUUGAGAAGGAGUGCUUUCUCCAAGAAGGGUGCAGGGCUUCAGUGACCUAGCGAUUUAAGUGUUCCCUUUCCUGCAUGUCACUCUGUUGUCUUUCCCCGGUUUCCUGCUUUAUCCUCCAUCCUCUCCUCUGGCCAUUAUGACCAAAAAGACCCCAAACAAAUGCCUGUGCAAGUGGAAACCUCUGCUAUUGAGAAAUGAAGCUGAUAUGAAAGUUCCAAAAACUGCAGUUCCCAGGGUGUCCACCAGAGGCUGACUUUAGAAGCACCAGAAACCACAUACACACCCAUUCAAAAAGUGCCAGAAUAAACGUGAUGAAAUGUAAACUGUUCAGAGCUUCUGCAGGGUUCUCAUCAAGUGGAAAUAUAAAGUUUAAAAUGAGCUCUAUACUGUCCCUUAAAGCUCUUUAACAUCAGCUGACAGAUAUAUCAAAGAGUUUGUUCAUGGAGACUUCGGGCGCACUAAACCCAACCUGUGUGACCUGCUGAAAACAGACACAGACAUCCUGGAGCUGGACGUGGAGGUGAGACCAGGUUUCCUUCAACUCCCUUUUACAGAAGGAAUGACCAGAUCUUUGCUCUUUAAAACAUGUUUAAGAGUUUUUAUAUUCAUUUCAUAGAGUCUGUUAAAUCUGUGCACUUUAUUUUGGGACGUAAUAGUUGCUGGAGACAUUUCUGGUUGAUAAACUAUUAUUAAAAAAUAUAUGUAAACUCCACAGUACCUUUACGAGUUCUCUUGUACAGGGGUCAGAAAAACCUUUUAUGUGUCCCCCUUUUAAUUUAAUUUUAUUUACGUAAGAGACCAGACACACAGAAACAUUUGAUUCUUGUUCUGUUCCUCUCAGUCUGUGGAUGUGGACUGGCCUCCGUCCAUACCUGAGUGAACUCUGACCCUGGCCUCGUCCUGUACAUAAGGGGGUCAAAGGUUUGACUCAAUGGGACAGAACUGGUUCUGUCUGCAGUUUGGGACCAGGUCCAGAGGGUCUGACCCUGAAAAUAAGUUGUGGACGAAAGAACUGGUCAGAAGAGGAAACCCUAAACCUGCUGACUACAUGGGGAUGCCAAACCUGGUUCUGUUGGAGUCUGGAUCUGCUCUUUUUGACGGGAUCUUCAGUUUUUAGAACAGUGAUAACUCUGUUGUUAUUAAAGGGAAGUUAUUUACAUGAAGGCUUCAGCCUGUAGAAAUGAAGAGUGAAAAUGAAGCAGUGAUGCCCGUCACAGCACAGACUGUUUUCUGUUUGCCUGUUUUUUGUAUCUUAUGGCUCAAAAGGACGAAAAUAAAAUUUUGGUUCUGGUUUUGGUGCCACCAGUGAGGCAACAUUUGU